AUGCCGCUAUGUCUCACCAUUGUCGAGUUAAAGAAGGCCUUUGACUCAGUUAAGACAGAAGCAGUUAUAGAGGCCUUGGACAACCAUUGUGUCCCUACUCAGCACAUACGGGUACCUCUAAAGUUGUACAGUAACCUCACGGCAAGAAUUUCGCCAUUCUACAAGAAUAUCAUCAUUGAUGUAAAGAGAGGAGUCCGACAGGGCGAUACAAUCUCGCCCAAAAUAUCUACAGCCACCCUCGAGAACGCAAUGCGAAAGUUGGAAUGGGACGACGUGGGAGUGAAGUUUGAUGGUCAGCAGCUACACCAUUUGCGCUUUGCUGAUGACAUCGAACUGAUAACACUUAGCAUCAGCCAAGCGGAACAAAUGCCUACCGAGUUCGACGAAACAUAUGGAUGUAUCGGUCUUCAGCUGGAUCCGCAAAUGACGAUGUUCAUGCGUAACGGAUGA